CGCGCGCGAAACGGGAUAACGGCGACGGGUGAUUCGCAGGAGGAAAGUUUCGAGAGAAAGUUCGAAGAAAGUUAAUAAAUUUGAUGGGUCUAGGAAAAUACAAAUAAUAAAUAUUAUGGAAAAAGAAGUUCAAAAUGGGAAACCAAAACAGAAGAAGAGGGCGACAAGAAAACGUGAACCGAUAUCUUUGGCGACAGCGUCAGUUAGUGAUCUAUAUGCAGUAGAUAACUUUGACCUAAAUGUGCAAAAACUGGCUGAAGAAGCAAUAGAACUGUCAGAAAAUGAAGAUGAAAUUAUAGAAAUAAUUGCCAGUAGUAAAAAGACAAACUGUGAAAAGCCUUCAACAAGACAAUCAGAAACCAAACCUAAUGAUAGUAUUAUGAUUGAUUCUGAUGAAGAGUUGAACAGUAGUCAACAAAGUAGAGGCUCUCCAUCGCCACCAACUCCUCCACCAGUACUUGAAAUUGGACAUCAAAGACCCUCAAGGAAAUUGGCUCAAGUUAUCCAGCAUGCUGGUCAAGCCGUUUCAAACUACCGUGCAAAGAAGUCACAAGAAGGGCAACCUGUGGUUUUGCUUGAUGAUGAUACUCCAAGCCCCAAGAAACAACGCAGAGCGAUUGUUGUGAAGAUCCGUAGCAAAUCAGGAUUGCAUAGAACAGUUUUACAAAUGGAGGAAAAUUUUGAGACUGUAUUUAAUGAGUUGGCAGCAAAAGAGGGUGUAAAUCUAAAUCAGAUUAUGCUGUCAAGAGGGGAACAAAUUAUUAAAAUAAGUGACACUCCAGCUUGCCUUAAGUUACAGCUAGCGCAUAUUCUUGAUUGUGUAAUUGUCGAUUCUUUAAACAAUAGUUCUUUAAUUGAAAAUCUUGAUGAAGACGCAACAGUUCGAGUCAAAGUUCAGGGAACAGGAAAAAAUUUGUCAACAGUAAUAUCAAUUUUAAAGACAAGUACGUUUCAUACACUCAGAAAAAAGUACAGCGAAUUUGUUGGUGUUUCGGAGGCAAAGAUCAAAUUUCGUUUUGACGGUGAACCAGUGAACAUGAAUUCUAAACCAGCAGAUCUUGAAAUCGAAGAUGAUGAUAUCAUUGAUGCUAUUGUUACAUAAUAGUAGUAAAUUUAGUACAAUAUUAAUCUUUUAUUUAUUUUUAUAUUAUAUUUUAUAAUUUUAUAUUAAAACUGGAAUUUAACCAAAGAUAACCAUAGCAUUGGGAUUAGUACCGAAAAACCUUAAAUAGAAGCCAUGGGUUUUUUUUUUGUUUUUUUUUUUUACCCUUGGAUGGGCCUCUGUUCGAGAUUAUUUUGGAAACUGAAGAUAAGGGCUUUCCAAAAUGAAUGCUGUAUAUUUUGGAAUUUAUACUAUACGACAUAUUUCAAUUAUGAAAUUUAAAAUGCUGUUUAAUAUUUUUUUUAAAUAAAUAACAACUCAUUGUUUUAACCAUGCUAGUACAAUGAAAUAAUGUUGAUACUGACACGCUAUCAUAAUAAUCAAAGAUAACUUUCAGUAUGAAUGUAAGUACUAUUUUGAAAAAAGCCCAUAUUAUUUUGAUUAGGAGCCCAUGGGCUUCUUUUGGAGCUGGGCUUUUUUCAACAUUACUUUUGCACUCUGAAAAGUGGGGAUUCUUUUCGAAAUGGGCCUCUUCUCGAGAUUAAGCCCACAGGUUUUCUAUUCACGGUUUUACGGUAUUAUGAUUAAGUACAUAGUUGAUUAUGUACACGAUUACAUGAUUUAUUAAGUACAUUAUGAUUUAUUUCCCAGAAAGUGUCUGUGCUGAAAGUUUGCAUCCUAAUUUUAAUUGUUGUAUUGAUCUUUCUAUGCUUUUAAAAAUACAAACACCCUGAACACUUUAUCCUGCAAUUGGAUGGGAUGCAGAUCCAGUGGCGGAGGUUCCAUGUUUUUGUGUGGAGCCAAUAGCUUGGAAUUGAAAAAGCACAAGCUUCUGGGACUGCUACUCUGUUUCAAUUUAAAUACCUCAAUUAUCAAAUUAUAGAUAUACCUCUACCAUGUAAAUUUAAAAUUUAAUUUAAAAUAGACUGAAAAGUAAAAGAAAAAAUUGAAUUGCUUACUUUGUUUAAUAAGUUAUUAUAAACUCAUUUUAUCAUCAUGCUCUUCCACUAACUUUCUAGCUGAAUUGCAAGAAUCAGCUCAGAUUUUGUUGGCCUUGAUUGUAUAAUACAUCCUAAACCUUGUUGUAUACCUAUUACCAUGAAGGUAUUAUAAUACCUCCAUGCUAUUACCACAUCUUGUUUAUUAAGAAUGCAUCACCCCAGAGUUUUUUGUCUUCAUUUUGUCAUGCUGCAUCCUUUAUGUGACAGUAGAACCCCUAUUAAAGGGAUCCUUCGGGACCAAUAAAAAAAUAUCCCCUGAAUAGGAGUUCGCUAUACUGUUAAAAGAUGUACUUUCCCUCAUUUUGUGUUCUGAAAAGUGUCCCCUUAAUAGGGGUGUCCCAAAGGAGAGGUUCUAUUUUAGUUUUAGGAUUUAGGGGAUCAUUUCUUCAAGGUAGGCCUACAUCUUUUUGUGUGAAAUAAUUCUCAGGUUUUGUGGGUGUUUAUUUUUCGUCAUGGAACAUUUCGGUUGUAAAGUUUUCUCAGAGGUAGUGGAUCCAAAGUUUUGAAAACAGGAUCACAAGGGAUGUGCUGCAGUUUGAUUUGUCUAAUAAAUAUUAAGAUAUGCAGUUAAAAUGGGGUCCUAUGGAUUCAUCUCAGGGUAGAUUCUUGUAGAGUAUAUUUUAGAAGUAAUUAAUCAAGAAAAAUUAGCAUCUCUAAGACUGUAUUGAUGUUUAACAAAACUUACGUUUCAUAGUGUUUGAAAUACAGUGGCAUAAUUGAGAAAUGUAUAUUAUAUACAGAAGGCAAUAAAUCAUGGUUUGCAUUAUCAAA